GGAAGGGAGGGAGCGAGCGGCGGGGCCGGGAAGCGGAAGCAGGCCCGGGAGCAGCAGCGGUGGGAUUAGUUUGGGGAUGUGAAUACAAUGAGUGUAAACCAGCAAGCUCACACAGGGCCUCCUUAUGGGCAACCUCAGCCUGGAUAUCAGGGAUACCAGCAGCCUGCCUAUGGAGGACAGCCACUGCCAGGGGAGCAGUAUGGAGCUUACAAUGGUCCCAUGCCAGGAUAUCAACAACCUGGCCCUCCACAAGGUUACUUCCCUUCCUUGGGGUUCCCUUCGAAGGGCUCUCCUGUAUCUAUCAACUCUGACACUUCUUCUCUCCCACCUAAUUUCAUAGGUUCAUUAAGAGCUCCCCCAACAACUGGAGCUCCCCCUCCAGCCUCUGGAGCAUACAAUCAGUUUGGACAUGGAGAUGUACAGAAUGGGAUCCCAACCUCAGCAGCCCCAGUGCAGAGGCCACCUGCCUCCCAGCCCUUCCUGCCACGCUCAGCACCCAGCCAGCAAUACGGUCCCCCUCCAGCCAGUGUACAGCAGCUCACCAACCACAUGGCAGGGAUGACAAUUGUCAGUACCACAGCUUCUGCUCCUCCCCCAGCUGGACUGGGCUAUGGUCCCCCAACAUCGGCUCCCCCAGUCUCGGAAACCUUCAGUGCUCCCUACACCCCUUACACUGCCAGCCCAGGACCCCCUCCUACCACUGUGUUUCAGGGUCCUCCUUUGGCACAGCCUCCCUUCCCUGCCCAGCCCAUGUCAAUGCAGCGCCCACCUACUCAAGUCCCUGGCUUUGCCCCACCUCCCCCUUCCACAGGGCUUGGACCUUCCCCUUACCCCCCUCCUGCAGGGGCCCCCAGGCCACCUCCCAUGCCAGGCCCCCCUCUGCCUGGGCAGAGCCUUGCUGGACCAUCAGCAUCCCAGCCCAAUCAUGUGUCCUCACCACCACCUCCAUCACCUAUGGCAGGGCCUCACCCUGGGCCUCCCAUGGGUGGCCUCCAUGGACCACCUCCUCCCACUCACCCUCCUCAGCCAGGAUACCAAAUCCAGCAGAAUGGUUCCUUUGAACAGGUGAGGGGCCCCCAACCAAACUAUCCAGGAGCCUAUCCAGGAGCACCAAAUUAUGGAAGUCAGCCUGGAGCACCCCCCCCACCAAAACGCUUGGAUCCAGAUUCCAUUCCUAGCCCUCAACUUAAUGAGCUGCCACCCCAGCAGAAACCCAGGCACAGAAUAGACCCAGAUGCAAUUCCUAGUCCAAUUCAAGUGAUUGAAGAUGACAGAAAUAACCGUGGGUCAGAACCCUUUGUCACUGGAGUGAGAGGGCAGGUCCCACCUCUUGUUACAACUAAUUUCUUGGUCAAGGAUCAAGGUAACGCAAGCCCCCGCUACAUCAGAUGCACAUCUUACAAUAUUCCCUGCACUUCAGACAUGGCCAAACAGUCCCAAGUUCCCCUAGCUGCUGUCAUUAAACCACUGGCUACUCUACCCCCAGAGGAGAACCUCCCUUACUUGGUAGACCAUGGAGAGUCGGGUCCGGUCCGGUGCAAUAGGUGCAAAGCUUACAUGUGCCCUUUUAUGCAAUUCAUUGAGGGUGGAAGGAGGUUCCAGUGUUGUUUCUGCAGCUGUGUCACUGAGGUGCCACCCCAGUACUUCCAGCAUUUGGAUCAUACUGGGAAACGAGUAGACUUCUAUGACAGACCAGAGUUGUCCCUGGGCUCUUAUGAGUUUCUAGCAACAGUUGACUAUUGCAAGAAUAACAAGUUUCCCAGUCCACCUGCUUUCAUUUUCAUGAUUGAUGUGUCUUACAAUGCUGUAAAGAGUGGCUUAGUGAGGCUAAUAUGUGAAGAAUUGAAGUCACUUCUAGAUUACCUGCCCAGGGAAGGCAACAUGGAGGAGUCAGCCAUUCGAGUAGGCUUUGUCACCUACAACAAAGUCUUACACUUCUAUAAUGUGAAGAGCUCUCUGGCCCAGCCACAAAUGAUGGUUGUCUCAGAUGUGGCAGAUAUGUUUGUGCCACUCCUUGAUGGCUUUCUGGUGAAUGUGAAUGAAUCCAGGACAGUUAUCACCAGUUUGCUGGAUCAGAUUCCUGAAAUGUUUGCAGACACUAGAGAAACAGAAACUGUUUUUGCACCUGUGAUUCAAGCAGGGCUGGAGGCUCUGAAGGCAGCUGAGUGUGCUGGCAAGCUCUUCAUUUUCCACACCUCUCUGCCCAUUGCAGAGGCCCCAGGGAAGCUGAAGAACAGGGAUGAUAAGAAACUGAUCAAUACAGAUAAGGAGAAGACUUUGUUUCAACCACAGACAAGCUUUUACAACAACUUGGCCAAGGACUGUGUGGCCCAGGGCUGCUGUGUGGAUCUGUUCCUGUUUCCAAACCAGUAUUUAGAUGUGGCAACACUUGGUGUGGUACCUUACCAGACAGGAGGCUCCAUUUAUAAAUACGCAUAUUUCCAGCUGGAGACAGACCAGGACAGGUUCCUAAAUGACUUGAGAAGAGACGUCCAGAAAGAAGUGGGAUUUGAUGCUGUCAUGAGAGUGCGUACAAGCACAGGUAUUCGAGCAACUGACUUUUUCGGAGCAUUCUAUAUGAGUAACACAACUGACGUGGAGAUGGCAGGUUUGGACUGUGAUAAAACCAUCACAGUGGAAUUCAAGCAUGAUGACAAACUGAGUGAAGACAGUGGAGCACUCCUUCAGUGUGCUCUGUUGUACACAAGCUGUGCAGGACAGCGACGACUCCGCAUUCACAACCUCUCCUUGAACUGCUGCACGCAGCUGGCUGACCUCUACAGGAACUGUGAGACAGACACCCUCAUCAAUUACCUGGCUAAAUAUGCAUAUCGUGGAGUUCUGAGCAGCCCAGUGAAAGCUGUACGAGAUGCUCUGAUCAGCCAGUGUGCCCAGAUCCUAGCUUGCUAUCGGAAGAACUGUGCUAGUCCCUCUUCUGCUGGCCAGUUGAUCCUCCCUGAAUGCAUGAAGCUGCUUCCUGUGUACUUGAAUUGUGUGUUGAAGAGUGACGUCCUCCAGCCUGGCCCAGAGGUCACCACGGAUGACCGUGCCUACAUCCGUCAGUUGGUCACCUCCAUGGAUGUGGCAGAAACAAACGUGUUCUUUUAUCCCAGGCUUCUGCCCCUGACCAAAGCAGAUGUUGACAGUGACUCCUUGCCAGCAGCAAUCCGGAACUCAGAGGAACGUCUCUGCAAGGGUGACAUCUACCUGCUGGAGAAUGGGCUGAACAUCUUUGUGUGGGUGGGAGUCAACGUGCAGCAGGGGCUGCUCCAGAACCUCUUUGGAGUGUCAUCCUUCAAUCAGAUCAGCAACGCCUUGAAUGCUCUGCCUGUCUUGGAAAACCCCUUUUCCAGGAAAGUCCGAUCUAUUGUUGACAUGUUACAAGUGCAGAGAUCCCGCUACAUGAAGUUAAUAAUAGUGAAGCAAGAAGAUAAGCUGGAAAUGCUGUUCAAACACUUUCUAGUGGAGGACAAGAGCCUGAAUGGAGGAGCUUCAUAUGUGGACUUCCUCUGUCACAUGCACAAGGAGAUUCGGCAGCUACUGAGCUAAAGGAGGGAGUGGUGCUGGAACUCAGCAGUGACAUUUCAGUCUCCACUAAUGACCUGAUCAGAAGGCCCAGUGCCCUCAAAAAGGACAACAUAGAAAUCUGUACAAUUCCAUAAUUUUUAAUACACAUUGCAUAAGCAGAAAUCCUUUCAACCUCUCCCAGUCCCAUAAGAGAGAUGAAAAAAUUUUCCUGGUGAGGGCUAAACAAACAAACAAACAAAAAAGGCUUUUGAUACCAGGUCUUUUACUUGUAUCUAAAAAUUGUUUCCUGUGGUUGGCAGGAGUUCACCCCCCCCCACCCCACCCCAUGCUCGCUAAUCCUGUCCUAAUGAAUGUAGUUUUUUGGGGGUUUUUUUGUUUUGUUUUCAGUUCACUGUACAUGAUUCAACAUUGGGUGAAAAAGCGAUAACUCUUCCAAACUUCUGGUAGUUGCUGUGUGUUUGUAUGGGCACGUGUGCAUGCUCCAAGUGUGAGGAGGAGGAGGAGGAUGGGCAGGUGGGGAGGACAAGGGGCAGGUCAAGGAGUGGGAGCUGAAACAACCAAAACAUUUUGUGUCUCCUCUUAAGAGGGAAGCAUGACGUCUCAGAGCAGAGAGGUAGCACCUGGCUGGCUGAACCAGCAAUCCCUGAAAAAGGAAAUGAGUGGUAAACCAGGAGGAAGCAAGGCAGAGUUCUUUCCACCAUCUUCCCUGGACUGGAAGUUGCUGUGCAGAUCUGUGAUGGAGUGAGGAAUAAAUAGUUCAGUGAGCAACAAUCAACAGCUUCUGAACAGGGUAGGGGCAGAGGUGAGGCUUCCUGGCAGUGUGUGUGGUGACUCCUUUCCUUAUUGCAUGGCUCUGUAGUAUCCUACUCCAUCCAUGUUCCAUGGCCUCUCCUGCAGAACUUCCCUGUCUGUCUAGGUGGUGGUGGGAAACAAAAGCCUCUUGGGCAGGAAAUACUUUGAACACAAUGAUACAGGGCUGUGUAGGAACUGGAUGAUGAGGAAGCAGUCAUUUUCAACUGUAUCAUUGUGAAUCAUAGCAAAGGUGUAGGAAUUUGAUUUAUACCAAUGCAGGUUUGAGACUGAGUUGUACCCUGGGAUACAGGGAAGGAGAUGCAGAAACUUAAAUGUAGACUGUACUGUAGUAGGUACUGCAAGUACCUGGUUUCGGUUACUGAGGGCAUCUGGGCCAUAGUGCAGAGCUUCAUUACUGGAUGUUUAUACCUUCCCCCACCCCCCCAUUCUACCUUACUGAUCAGCUUGCACAAAACCUUUUUAUAAGCCUGUUUGUUAAACUAAAAUACCUCAGACAGAUGAACCCAUCCACUUUGGCCACUCUGCUGCUCCAUUCUGCAAGGGUGGGUGAGAUGACUCCUUGGGAAAGAGGGAGUGAGUGUGAAUCAAAUUCAGAAUUCUAAGGGCUUUGUUUAUUUGCUUUUUGAAGGGGGGGACUGGUAUCUUUUAGCUUGAGCACUUAACAAGUGUUCUUAUAAUACCCAGGAGUUUAAGAUACCAGUAGCACUAAAAGCAGAAGGAAGGAUGUGGGUGGAUCAUAGAGGGCUUGAUAUUUCAGAGGAAAGUCCUUGUUAAGAUCAGAAAAAUAUCUGGCUGUGGUUUUAGUUCUGUAUCCUGUAGCAUGUAUAUAAAUCCAUUUUUCUUCUAAUGCUGCUAGUUUGUCUUCCCUCCCAUCACUACACAGAAAGGAGAACAUGACAAUUGCAAUGGAGAACCUUCAUGUGUACUCAGAGAUGUAGUUGACAGAACCUUCAGCGUUUUUGUAUGAAUGUGGCCAACUUUUUACUCCAUGUACUGCCUCCAACCAAAAAAAUCUAGUGGAUUUUUAACCAGAGAGGAAAAACAACUUCCCAGGAAUAUUAAGGUGCAGCAACCACAGACUUCCACAAAUACUAAUUUCUAGUGUUAAUACUGGGGGGGGGUGUGGGGGUUGGAAAUGAAGUCAUAAAUGAACCUUUCAUUUUCUUCACUUGUUUUUUCCAAUGCAUCUUUUAAUUUGUAAAGAAAUAAAAAUAUAUUAAGAUGUAUUUUAUGUCAUUGUUAGUAAAUAAACACUGCUUAUUUUUCCAAACCCUGUAUUUUGCGGGAGGAUGGAAAGGGGAAGGGCUGAAGUCUAGCUGAUUGAUUGAUCCUCUACAGUCCUAAUCUUCUGCUGAUCAAAUUCAGUCUCUUUUUUUUUUCCCUUAUUUACAGUGAGCAGUGAUAAGAAAUCCAUCAAGAGUCGACAGACAAAAGGUGCUGUUUAAUCUCAGUGUUACUUUGCCUAGGUGAAUGGUUUUUAUUCUACUGCCCCUUCUGAACUUUCAUUUUUUGCGAAGACCUUUUCAUUUUCUCUUUAACAGCUUGAGUCAGAUCAGGGUGGUUUGGUUAUUUUUGCCUACUUUGGAAAGUACUACCCUACCUUGUGACUGUUAAUGACUUCUGCAGUGUUAAUUUUUCAGGGAAGCAGAGCUUUUAUUUCAGAGUUAGGAUAGCUGGGUGGGUUCUUGGUUUUGGAGUUGUUUUGUUCUUUGGAGGGGAAGGUGCUAAUUGCAAAUGCAAAGUUCAGAGUGAACUGGCAGUGUAACUUGACUGUAGCAUAGAACAUUGAUAUUGUACAAUAAUUGUGCUGAUAAUCUUACAACAAUCUGUAUGAAAGCACAAGACAAUCAUUGCUAGAUAUCCAACCUUACUUAGCUUGCUGUAGAAUAUUUUCCAGAUUAUUCUCCUACAGACUGUACAUUAUGUCCAGACUCUGCUACUGAAUGAUAAAGAUGGGCUUUGCACAUCUUGU